GUAAAAUAUUCUUGGAAAGAAAAACUAGAAAAUCGUACUGGUUCCAAAGGCAAGACAGUGACAGAAUCUGCAUUAUUAUACUGGAGUCAGCAAUUGUCAGCCAAGUGAAACGGUGGGAGCAAAAUUGAGAGUCCGCAGUGUGGCUGUGAUUGGUUGCCACGCUUUCUGUUUCGUCAUUUUCUGCCUGCCGUCGUCCUCAAACCAUCUCUCUUCCUGACCACCACCCAUGUCUGGUCGUCCAGGGCACAACAGCCAGGAGGGCUACCCUUCAUCGUCGCCCUCCUCCCUCGACGCUCACCAGAACGACCCAUUCAGCCCCCCACAACGCCGGUAUUAUGAUAACGACUCGGAGGAUUAUGGUCGCAGAGAUACAUAUGCUUCAGACAACAGCAAUACUGGUUUCUAUGAUCAGAAUGGAGCUUACGACCCGUAUCCCCCACAAGACACCGACUCCGAUGGCGAUGCUUACGGCCCACGCUAUGCCCCUUCUGCGGAGUCCUUGGGCGUUCCCAGGAUGGGAAAUUCAGAGUCGUCGACGCCAACAUUCGUCGAUUAUGGCCAAAGUGGUCGAGAUGCUUACCCUGCUUGGAGUUCAGAACGCCAAAUUCCUCUUUCCAAGGAAGAGAUCGAAGACAUCUUCCUCGACCUUACCCAGAAAUUCGGAUUUCAGAGGGAUUCUAUGAGAAACAUGUUCGAUUUCCUCAUGCAGCUUCUUGACAGCCGAGCCUCUCGCAUGUCCCCAAAUCAAGCACUGCUUACCCUCCAUGCCGAUUACAUAGGUGGACAUCACGCCAACUACCGUAAAUGGUACUUUGCCGCCCAACUCGACCUCGACGACGCUGUCGGUCAAACCCAGAACCCCGGCCUAACCCGCUUGAAGUCCAAGCGAGGUUCUGGAAAACGGCCCCCGCAUGAAAAGUCCCUCAACACCGCUAUCGAGCGCUGGCGUCAAGCCAUGAACAAUAUGAGCCAAUAUGACCGACUCCGACAGAUCGCCCUGUAUCUGUUGCUGUGGGGAGAGGCCGCUCAAGUCCGUUUUGUCCCCGAGUGCCUCUGCUUCAUUUUCAAGUGCGCAGAUGAUUACUAUCGCUCACCAGAGUGCCAGAAUCGGGUGGAACCUGUUCCAGAAGGUCUGUAUCUGAGGGCAGUCAUCAAGCCGCUCUACAGAUUCAUUCGGGACCAAGGAUAUGAGGUCGUGGAUGGCAAGUUUGUGAGAAGGGAGCGGGAUCACGAGGAUGUUAUUGGUUAUGAUGAUGUGAACCAGCUGUUCUGGUACCCUGAAGGAAUCGCUCGGAUCGUGUUGACCGACAAGACUCGCCUCGUGGAUCUCGCACCUGCACAGCGGUUCAUGAAGUUUGAUCGCAUCGAUUGGAAUCGCGCCUUUUUCAAAACAUAUUACGAACGACGCUCCUUUGGUCAUCUUCUUGUCAACUUCAACCGAGUUUGGGUCAUCCACAUAUCCCUUUACUACUUCUAUACCGCCUAUAAUUCUCCUACCGUUUACCAGGUCAACGGAAACAACGUUCCCGCUCUACAAUGGAGCGCUACCGCCCUUGGCGGCGCAGUUGCUACAGUCAUCAUGAUCCUCGCCACCCUUACAGAAUUCUCCUACAUCCCAACCACCUGGAAUAAUACGUCCCAUCUCACCCGCCGCCUUCUUUUCCUCUUUGUCACCCUCGGCCUUACUUGUGGGCCAACCUUUUAUGUUGCCAUUGCUGAAAACAAUGGCUCUGGCGGCCAGCUCUCCCUCAUCCUCGGUAUUGUCCAGUUCUUUAUUUCCGUAGUCGCCACUCUCCUCUUUGCCAUCAUGCCGUCAGGUAGGAUGUUCGGAGACAGGGUGGCUGGGAAAUCGAGGAAGUAUCUAGCUAGCCAGACCUUUACUGCUAGCUAUCCUACUCUGGACACCGCUCCCCGCAUUGCCUCCCUCCUCCUAUGGCUCCUCAUCUUUUCGUGCAAAUUUGUCGAAUCCUACUUCUUCCUCACGCUUUCUUUCCGGGACCCUAUCCGAGUAAUGGUGGGAAUGAAAAUUCAAGGCUGCAAUGAUCGACUGUGGGGCGACGCUCUCUGUACAAAUCAAGCGGCGUUCACACUCACGAUCAUGUAUGUCAUGGAUUUGGCCCUGUUCUUCCUGGAUACUUUCCUAUGGUACAUUAUCUGGAAUACUGUGUUCAGCAUUGGACGGUCGUUCUCGCUUGGUCUUUCUAUUUGGACACCUUGGAAGGACAUUUACACUCGGCUGCCAAAGCGUAUUUACGCCAAGCUUUUAGCGACCGGCGAUAUGGAAGUCAAAUACAAGCCCAAGGUGCUGGUCUCCCAAAUUUGGAAUGCCAUCAUUAUCUCCAUGUAUCGAGAACAUCUUCUGUCUAUUGAUCAUGUUCAGAAACUCCUCUACCACCAAGUUGAUGGCGGUCCGGGUGCAAAUGGUCGACGCAGUUUACGGGCGCCUCCCUUCUUCAUCUCGCAGAAUGACAAAGGUUUCAAGGGUGAAUUUUUCCCGAAGGGUAGCGAGGCAGAACGGCGUAUUUCGUUCUUUGCGCAGUCGCUAACGACAGCCAUGCCGGAGCCUCUCCCAGUGGAUGCUAUGCCUACUUUCACGGUUCUCACGCCACACUAUAGCGAAAAGAUUCUACUUUCUCUUCGGGAGAUCAUUCGUGAGGAGGACAAGAAUACUCGCGUCACACUUUUGGAGUAUCUAAAGCAGCUCCACCCAAUAGAAUGGGAGAACUUCGUGAAGGAUACCAAAAUUCUGGCUGAAGAAUCGGCUAUGUUUAACGGUACGAAUCCAUUCGGAGACAACGAGAAGGCGCAGUCGAAGACGGAUGAUCUUCCGUUCUAUUUCAUCGGUUUCAAGAGCGCCGCACCGGAGUUUACUCUUCGAACACGUAUUUGGGCCUCCCUUCGUGCCCAGACCCUGUACCGCACAGUCUCCGGUAUGAUGAACUACUCGAAAGCCAUCAAACUUCUGUACCGUGUCGAGAAUCCUGAAGUUGUCCAAAUGUUCGGCGGAAAUACGGACAAGCUUGAACGCGAGCUUGAGCGCAUGGCUCGCCGCAAGUUCAAGUUUGUGGUAUCAAUGCAGAGGUAUUCGAAGUUCAACAAGGAGGAGCAGGAGAAUGCGGAGUUCUUGUUGCGUGCAUAUCCAGACUUGCAGAUCGCAUACCUCGAGGAAGAGCCGCCCAGAAAGGAGGGUGGCGAUCCCAGGAUUUUCUCGGCGCUUAUUGACGGGCAUAGCGAGUUCAUCCCUGAGACUGGUCGACGCAAACCGAAGUUCCGUAUUGAACUCCCUGGGAACCCUAUCUUGGGUGAUGGCAAGUCUGACAACCAAAACCAUGCCAUUAUCUUCUAUCGUGGAGAGUACCUACAGCUGAUCGAUGCCAAUCAGGACAACUAUCUCGAGGAAUGCCUGAAGAUUCGGAACGUUUUGUCUGAGUUCGAAGAGUACAAUAUUUCGACUCAGAGUCCUUAUGCUCAUUGGGGUCACAAAGAGUUCAAGCGCUCCCCUGUAGCCAUCGUUGGUGCCCGCGAGUACAUCUUCUCGGAGAAUAUCGGUAUUCUCGGUGAUCUUGCCGCUGGAAAGGAGCAGACGUUCGGUACACUUUCGGCGCGGUCCAUGGCCUGGAUUGGCGGCAAGCUGCACUAUGGCCAUCCUGAUUUCCUGAACGCGUUGUUCAUGAAUACCCGCGGAGGUGUCUCAAAGGCGCAGAAGGGUCUACACCUGAACGAGGAUAUCUAUGCUGGUAUGAACGCUUUCGGUCGUGGCGCCAGGAUCAAGCACACGGAGUACUUCCAGUGCGGCAAGGGUAGAGAUCUUGGAUUCGGCACGAUUCUGAACUUCCAGACUAAGAUUGGAACGGGUAUGGGUGAACAGAUGUUGAGUCGAGAGUAUUACUAUCUGGGUACCCAGCUUCCCAUCGAUCGGUUCCUCACAUUCUACUAUGGACAUCCCGGAUUCCAUAUCAACAACAUGCUGGUCAUCCUGUCAGUGCAAUUGUUCAUCGUAACCAUGGUGUUCUUGGGUACAUUGAACUCGAGCGUUACUAUUUGUCGGUACACGGAAGACGGGCAAUUCAUCGGCGGACAGGCAGGAUGCUACAAUUUGGACCCUGUUUUCGACUGGAUCAAGCGUUGCAUUCUCAGUAUCUUCCUGGUGUUCAUGAUCGCCUUCUUACCCCUCUUUUUACAAGAACUGGUUGAACGUGGAACAUGGAAAGCCAUCUUCCGUUUGGCGAAGCAAUUCGGUUCAUUGUCGCCCGUGUUCGAGAUCUUCUCCACCCAGAUCUAUACCCAUUCCAUCUUGAGUAACUUGACCUUCGGUGGAGCGCGUUAUAUUGCUACUGGACGUGGCUUUGCCACUAGCAGGAUAUAUUUCAACAUCUUGUUUUCUCGAUUCGCCGGUCCUAGCAUCUACCUUGGCAUGCGAACGUUGGUCAUGCUGCUUUAUGUCACCCUGUCACUCUGGACACCAUUCCUGAUCUACUUCUGGAUAUCCAUUGUCGCUCUUUGUGUCGCUCCGUUCUUGUUCAACCCCCAUCAGUUUGUCUUUUCUGAUUUUAUAAUAGAUUACAGGGAAUUCCUGCGAUGGAUGUCAAGGGGUAACUCUCGAUCUCACAACAACUCGUGGAUUGGAUAUUGCAGGCUUUCGCGAACCAUGAUCACUGGCUACAAGAAGAAGAAACUUGGGCACCCGUCUGAAAAGCUUUCCGGUGACGUACCACGCGCAAGCUGGCAUGCUGUCAUUUUCUCAGAGGUUAUCUUCCCUGUGGUGAUGGCAAUUCUCUUCACCAUCGCGUAUACAUUCGUGAAGUCGUUCCCUGUGAACGGUGAUACACCUCCCAGCCCCCUUGUACGGAUUGCAGUCAUCUCUUUGGGGCCUAUCGUAUGGAACGCAGCAAUUUUGUUGACGCUAUUCCUUAUCAGUCUUUUCCUUGGACCUAUGUUGGAUCCGCUUUUCCCACUCUUCGGUUCCGUCAUGGCGUUUACAGCACAUCUACUUGGUGCCGUUGGAAUGGUUGGAUUCUUCGAAUUCUUGUGGUUCCUCGAACUGUGGAAUGUUUCACAUGCUGUAUUGGGUCUGAUCACUGUCAUAUCGAUUCAGCGCGCGAUUCACAAAAUUCUCAUCUCUGUCUUCCUAUCUCGAGAGUUCAAGCACGAUGAGACCAAUCGCGCGUGGUGGACUGGUCGGUGGUACGGUCGUGGCCUCGGUGCUCAUGUCAUGUCUCAACCGGCACGAGAGUACAUUGUGAAAAUCAUCGAACUAUCCCUGUGGAGUUCUGACUUGAUCAUCGGACAUAUUCUGCUGUUCAUGUUGACCCCGCCUAUACUGGUUCCUUACUUCGAUCGGUUCCACGCAACAAUACUAUUCUGGCUGCGUCCCUCAAAACAAAUCCGCGCGCCCUUGUAUUCUAUAAAACAGAAACGACAGCGUCGCUGGAUCGUGCGUGCUACUAGUUUUUGACAUUGCAGAUCUAACUUUUAACUUGAUGUUCUCAGAUAAUAAAAUACGGGACAAUAUACGUCGCUGUAAUCGCUCUAUUCGUGUUACUAACUGCUCUUCCCGCUGUUUUCCGCACGACCCUUCACUUCGAUUGUUCCGUAUGCAACAGCCUAUAACAGGACUACGAUUUCUUCACGAUUCUUAG